AUGGGGCCCCCGGGCAAUAGGGGAUCAUGGGGCCCCUGUGUCCUUGCCCAAACUCAAAAAAGCCUAUUAAAAAGGUACCAGGGGCAUCUCAUGGGGCCCUCUACUGACCCCGGGCCCUCGGGCAGUGCCCGAGUUUCCAAAUGGUCAGUCCGCCCCUGGUAAUAACACUGAGGCCCUGGAUGCGCAAAUAGCAAUGUAUUGAGGAACUAGUAGAACAGUACAACAGCCAGUGAGCCAGGUUUUUUUUUGCCAUCUGUGUCCCCCUUGGCGAGGUUUCCUCAACUUCCUGUCUUGGUGACAGGAUAUCAUAGA